UCCCCAGCUUCCCAUAACCAGAUAAAACUUCUAAUUUAUAUUCCCCGUCAUACAAUCAUGGCAGACGAAGAAACCCAACGAAAGCCCUCGUCCGCCGAAGACCGCAAAGCUGCCUCUGCUCUUGCAAAUCUCGACGCCGACACCGCCGCCUCCACAUCCGCCAAUGUCGACCAAGAUGCCGUCUCCAAAGCCAUGAAGACGCUUCGCCCAGGAACAAAGGCCUCUGCAGCUGCAACGCUCAAAAACCCAGUAGUCUCAGCGCCCGCUGCGCCCACCAAGGCCGUCAAAGUCGACCCUGCAGAUGUUGCGUUGCUUGUCGACCAGCUCGAGAUCCCGAGGCCAAAGGCGACGGAGCUGCUCAAGAGUCACGAAGGAGAUGCGGUCCGGGCCAUGGUUGCCUUUAUCACGCCAUGAAGUCAUGAAAUAGCACACGCAUACAUUAUUUAUUACAUUACGAAGCAAAACAACAACGUACAUAGACACUCACGACAUAGCAAGCAAUACAGCACUUCUGCAAUAUAAAAAGGAGACACGUUUGAUUUU